CCAACACUUUUACCGUUACUCGUCCCGCCAACUACCCUACAUCCCCCUACCCCCCAAGCCGUCGCAAUCUCCAUCUUCACCAGCCGCCAGCUCUACCACAACCACCACCAAGCCCUUCUCCGCGAACCCAUCGAACUUCCAUUCUCCCUCACCCACAACCCCCGGUAUACAAGCAGACACACCAACAACCACACUGCCGAGCCGUUCCGUCGACUGCCCCCAACCACACACCAUGACCACCCCCGGCGACGUCUCGUACACGGCGGAGCCGCAAAUGUGCGUGACCAACUCAUUCGACGUCAAGGGCGGCGGCGGCGACGAGCAGCUGCGCGACGAGCAGAAGCAGCGCAGCCAGCAGCACGGGAACUGGGACUGCCAGAGCUGGAGCUGUCUCGCGUGCUGCGCCGGCGGCAACACGGCCAACGGCGGCGACUGCGUCAACGCGAUCAACGUGUGUUUUGCCGGCAUCCUCAUGGGCCUCGGAGAGAUGUUCAACGCGACCGCCGCCGUCGGUGAAGGCGGAAAGAUCCAGCACCCAGCACCCGGGUGCUGCUAG